AUGGAAUCUGUUGUGUCCAAUUCUCUUGCGCAAGUUUACAAUAAUAAGUCUGACGACAAAGAACUUAACAAUGAGACAACAAAUCAGUUGGAAGCAACACCAAAAGAUGUUUGGGGUCCAUUUUAUGUAAUGAAUGCACCGUUCCGUGCAAAAAUUUCUCCAAUUGACGCCAUCGGUAUUCCGCUAAUGAUAUCUGGUCGAGUAUUUGGUUUAGACACGAAGAAAGGACUUCCAUUUGCUGUAGUUGAUAUCUGGCAUACAUCACCUGAAGCUGUGUAUGAUUAUCAAGAAGCUGAUCCUACCAAAAUUUAUCCAUAUCGUGAAGAACUAAAUACGCAUGGUCGAUCUACAAACUAUGAUUAUCGUGCAAGAUUAGUAACAGAUGAAGGUGGACGAUAUGAAUUUGAAACUGUUAAACCUGUACCAUAUUUCGAUACAGAUGAUUCAACUUGGAGAUGUCCACAUAUUCAUUACUAUGUACAAUCGCAUGGAUAUAAACCGUUGGUGACACAGCUCUACUUUCAUGGUGAAGAAAAAAAUGAUAUUGGUAAGAAAACAUUUGCUUUUGCAUAA